AUGACUGUAGAUGAUGUGGUUGACAGUACAAAAUAUAGUACUUGUGUACCUGUUACUGUUGUUGACACAAGUGCUACUGAAAUGGUUCCCAAUACUACUGAGACUGAUUUAACUGGAAGCAGUUUGAAGUUUAUAAAGCAGACUAAAAAAGGAUUGCAACUAUCAUUCAAGAUGAAGGAUUUAGGGGAGUUAAAGUAUUUCUUAGGCAUUGAGCUUGUCAGAUCAGCUAAAGGUAUAUUAAUGCAUCAAAGGAAGUAUAUUCUUGAGCUUAUUUCUAAGGUUGGCAUGACAACAACCAGACCUGCAGGAACCCCUAUUGGCAUCAAUGUUAAGCUAACUCCCAAACUGUAUGAUGAUCAUCUAAGCAAUCAACAAGAAGUGUUGGAGGAUCCUUUGGUUGAUCAGACCAUGUAUCAAAAGCUUAUAGGCAAACUGUUGUACUUGAAUAUGACCAGACCAGACAUAUCAUUCAGCACUCAAACUCUAAGUCAAUUUCUACAUCAACCAAAGAAAUCUCACAUAGAUGCAGCACUGAGGGUGAUUAAGUAUCUAAAGAGACAACCAAGACAAGGUUUACUGUUAUCAAGUGACUCAAAUGAGCUAGUCUCUGCAUAUUGUGAUGAUGCCUGGGCCUCAUGCUCAAUCACUAGAAAAUCUGUUACAGGAUACAUGGUCAAGAUUGGUAAAUCACUAGUGUCUUGGAAGGCUAAGAAACAAACAACAGUUUCAAGAAGUUCCGUUGAAGCAGAGUACAGAAGUUUAGCUUCCAGAGUCUCAGAAUUGGUGUGUCUACUUGGCAUGCUUAAAGAAGUAGGGUUGAGGUCUCAAUCACAGGAGUAG